AUGAAUAUAAAACAACAUCCAGACAUAGGAACUAAUAUAGAAAAAUCCUCCGAUUCUAGAACUAAUAAUACAGAACAUCCUGAUUCCGGAGUUAGUGAAAAAAAUUUGAUACCAAUAAUAUUGGAUAUAAGUAUUGAAGGUUCUAGUGAUAGAAUAGAUUAUUUGGAGCAUAGAGAUGGUGGAACAUAUUCAUGUAAUAGUAGAUAUGGUAUUAGUACAAUAAUAGACUCAGGUGUUGAUGAAUUUUCAAAACCAGAAAUAAUUUACAAGGCAAAAAAUGAAAAUGAAUAUGCUUACGCAGUACAAGUUGAAAAUAUAACACCUGAAUCUAAAAAUAUAAUUUUACGCUUAAACGGUAGUUUUAUUAAAUUAACCAAGAAAAAUGAUAGGAUAAGUAAUAGAAUAACUGAGGAAAAUAUAGACAGUACUGAGGAAAAUAUAGAUAGUACUGAGGAAAAUAAUAAUAGUAUGAUGGAUGAGAAAAAGAAUUGGAUAAGAAGUGAUAGAAUAACAUUAGAUAUUAAAGAAAAUGAUCAUAAUAAUAAUUAUCAAAUAAUUGGUAAGAAUUCAACAAUUUUUAAUAGUGUGUUUAAAGAUGUGGAUAUACCUGAUCAUGACUGUUAUACAAAUUAUGUAGCGAUAAAUGGUAACUUAUUUAAUAGAAUUAUUGAGGGAAAUGAUUUAGUAAUUUGGGAAUCUAAUGAUCCAUUGGAAUGUAUUAAAGAAGUUUCAUUAUAUAUAAAAAAUAAUAUAAAAUAUUUAGCAUUUUUAUCUAACAAUUUUAAUUAUUUUCUUUAUAAAUGGGAUAAUAAUUUAUGGAAUAAUCUGACCAAUGAUUUUAAUAGUAAACUCGUGACAGUAGAUCCAGUUGUAGGUUUAGGAGGAGGAACUAGUGAUUUAGAAGUAGAUAAGAUUAGUUUGAGUGAAGAAAAAGGUAAUUUGGAAGAAGAUAAGAUUAGUUUAGAAGUAGAUAAGAUUAGUUUGGGUUUACAAAAAAUUGAUUUGGAAGAUGAAAAAAUUGAUUUGGAAGAUGAAAAAAUUGAUUUGGGAGAUGAAAAAGAUAAUUUGGAGGAUAAAUUGAUAAAUUUAAGAGAAUUAAAAUUUUAUUUUAAUAAUGAUGAAUUGAAAAGAAUAGAAGAAUUGCCUGGUAGUUAUUCUAUAAGUUUAUAUUGUUUAAGAUAUUGUGUAGAAUUUUAUUUUCCUAAAUUUAAUCUUAAUCCAAAUGAAAUUUUAGCUGAUGUUUUUAUUUAUAAUUUAUUAGAUAAUAAUAUGUAUUUAAGAUUAAGAAAUCGUAAUAUAAUUCCUAUUAAUACAUAUAAUAUUAAAUUAUGUAUUGAUUCUCCCGUUACGGUGCUUGGUCAAACAGAAAGUACUCCUCCUAAGGGAGCUGUUACUGUGGAUACUAGUACCCUUCGACCAAGCACCGUAACUAAGGGAAAGAGAGCUAAUUCUAUGCCUAUGGAGUGUACUGGUGGGAAAAUUUUGAAUGAAAUUGCUGUUGUAACUAAAACUAAGGAGUCAGGUACUUUUGUGGAUACUGUGGAUACUACUGGAAAGGGAGCUAAUUCUAUGGGUACAGAGUGUACUAGUACUACUAGUAGUAUUACAGAGGAAAAUAGUGAUAUUGAGGAUCUUGAUACAGUUGUAUUAGACACCGUAACGGAAACAAAUACUGAUAUAGAAUUAGAAUAUAUAAUAAAUUCAUUAAAAAUUGCUAAAAAUUUAGAAAAUGAAGAUGAUCCAACAAAUUAUGUAACUACACCGGAAGAUCCACUGAAUUAUGUAACUACACAAGAAAAUACAUUUAAUUCUUUAGAAGAUUCAUUAAAUUCAUUAGAAAAUUCCUUAAAUACCUUUGAAAAUUCAUUAAACUCAUUAGCAAAUUAUGUUAAUACACCAAAAAAUACAAUAAAUCAUGUAAAUCCCUUAGGAAAUCCACUUAAUUCCGUUAAUUCCGUUAAUUCCUUAGGAAAUCCCCUAAAUCCCUCAAAUCCGCUUCAAAAUCCCUUAGAUCCACUAAAUACUAUAAAUGAAUUAGAAGAUCCUAUUAAUAUUUCAAUAGAUAUAAAUAAUAUAAAUUCAACAAGAGAAUAUAAAAUAUAUAUAAAGAAUGAAUUGAAAGAAAUUAAACCAUAUAGAAAUUAUUCGUUUGAUAAGGUAAUGGAAUCAGAUGGAAGAGUUCAGGAGAUAAUUUGGUCAUGUGAAGAUCCAGAGGAGACUGUGAAACACCUAACAUAUUUCAAUGGAGUUAUUGAAAAAUAUCUCCUAAUGUUCAUAAAUAAGAAGAAAUAUCUAUUGUUUAGGUAUGUGAUUUGGGAAAAUAAGUGGACUGAUGUUACGAAUACAAGUGUGAAUUUAUCUGAAUUAAAGUUUUUUACAAAAGGAGAGUUUGUUACAGGAGAGUUAGUUACAGAAGGAGAGUUAGUUACAAGAGAGUUAGAUUAUAGAAUUUUUACCUUUGGUUAUAACUUUGAAAUUGCCUUCAAAACUCCCUGUCACAAGGUGACAUAUUACAAUGCAGUAUUAUGGUCAAAUGAAGAAACUGAUUGUAAAAAAAUACAUAAAAUUGUUAUUAAACCAAUUGUUAAUAGAUUACACAUUUUCUUUAUGAAUAAUAAAAUCAGACGUUUCAAUGUUACUAAUAAUUAUAUCAACUUCAUUUCUGAAGAUGAUUGUAUUUUCUAUAAAAAUAAUCUUUUCAAAUGA